AAAACCGAUUUUUUAAAAGCUACUCUUAAACUAGUAAUAACAACAAAAUAUGCACAAAACAUCAACACAGGAAAUUACAAAAUGUUUGUGAAGGACACAAAAGAUAAUCUUAAAGGGGGAAAAUGUUACCUUCAUGAUGCAAAAAGGAAAUUUGUCCCAAAUCACCUGUAAAUAUAAUGCAAUUGAAAAUACCCAAAUGUCUCAGUGUGGUGGCACACUCCUGUAGUCCUAGCUACUUGGAAGGCUGAGGUGGGAGGAGCUCUUGAGUCCAGGGUUUUGAGGCUGUAGUGAACUGUGCACCACUGCACUCUAGCCUGGGUGACAGAGUGAGACCCUGUUUCUAAAAGCAAGCAAAAAAAAAAAAAAUAGCCAAAAUGAUUUUAUAAAUGAAACUUCACAUGUUGAUAGUAGAAUUCACAUAGAAGAGCAAAACGUCAAUAAUGGCCAAGGCAAUUUUGAAGAAUCAUAAAUUUGCAGUCUCUCCUUCCGAAAUCUUUGUAUUAUUAAAAAGCUAAAGUAAUUAACACAAUAUGAUAUUACCAAUAAAAACAGUUAAAUGGGGGUCAGGCCUGGACCUGCACCACCUCAAGAUGUAAAGUGUAACACGGGGGUCGGGGUGGGCAGCGUGGGCCUGUGAGACCUGUGGGUGUCCGCAUCGCGCAGCUCCCCCCAAGCCGGUUCCAUAUUGGUCUGCUCCAGUUGCUGCCUGUGGAUUCAGGUUCCAGACUGAAGGCUACCUGUUCUCCAGUGCCCUCCAGUGCCCUCCACCACCCCCUCCCCUGUCCACAGCUCCCCCCGCAGCCGGUUCCGCAGUGGUCUGCUCCAGUUCCAGACUGAAGGCUACUGAUUCCAAGUUCUGGGGUUACUGCGGCGACCACCACCACAGCCGUGGCGCUAUGUAGGAGCCCGGAGCUACCCCUCAGCCUUACUUGGGGCUGGUCAUGGAGAAGCUACCCAGGACUGUGGCGGCACUGCUGGAAAGUAUGGUAUCAAAUUCUAAUGGUUUUCCAUGGGAAUUAGUGAUAUGGGCAGGUGUUAUUGGAUUUCUUGCUAUUCCCCUUUUUUUCUGGAGAAGUUUUAGGUCAGUCAGGAGUCGGCGAUAUCUGGGAAGAGAAGAAAAGCUUGCUGCAGAGCUUUCUGAGCAAAUUAAAGAAAAAUGUGAACUGCUUGAAAAAUUUAGUUUUCUACAGAAAAGCUAUGAAGACUAUGAAAGAGAGUCAUCUUUACAGGACGUGAGCUUUGAGAAGAACGCAGCAGAAGCACAGAGUUUGGAGGAAACCUGUGAAAAGCUGAACAGGUUUGUUUCUGAAAUGGAGGACGAAAUACCGUAUCUAAAAAAAGAGUUACAAGAGGAGAAAUACAUACAUUCUAGACAACAUCAGUUGAUGGAGGAUAUUUCAGAAAUCAGACAGUCUCUAGGAGAUCUGUCAAAAUCCCUGAAAUCACGUGUAGCUGAAGCCAAAACGCCCUUGAACAUAUUUCAAAUGAAUGGCAAACAACUGAAGACAGCUAUAAAAGAUGCUUUGAAUGAAAAUUCUGAACUUCAGGAAAGCCAGAAACAUCUUUUGCAGGAAGCUGAAGCAUGGAAAGAACAAGUGAGUGAACUGAAUAUACAGAAAAUAAUAUUUGAAGACUCCAAUGUACACACAGAACAAGUCCUAAAUGACAAAGACGAUGACAUCAAGACGCUGACUAAACACUUGCUCAACAUGAAAGACUGGUCUGCUAUCCUUGGAGAAGACAUGAUGGACGAUCAUAACUCGAAAGUAGAAAUGAAGAGUGAGUCGGAAAGUGACGCUUCCUUAGCUGAUCCUCCAAAAGGAGCUUUGAAAAAACUGAUUGAUGCUGCUAAGUCAAAUGCUUAUUUAAAAAGUUUAGAAGGCGAAAGAAACCAAAUUUAUACUGAAUUGUCUGAAAUUGAUAAAACAGAGAAGCAGCUUAUGGGGCACAUUAAACAUCUUGAGUCAGAACAAGCAUCUUUGCAAUCAGAAAACACAGGUUUUGAAAGUGAGAAUCGGAAGCUUCAACAGAAACUCGAAAUAAUGACUGAAUUACAUGAAGAAACAACAAUGAGACUUUACAAAACAUUCACUGCAGAGGAAAAUAGCCAGUUAGAGAGACAAGAGAAACUUUCUAAACAAGACAAAAAGAUCAAUUAUACCACUGACCAGCUGGACAAGUAUAGAAAGCAAGCUCAACAUCUUGAAGAAGAGUUGGAAAGAAUGAUUCUUUCUUAUCAAGAGCAGAUUUUACUCCUUAAGAAAAAAGCACAUGACAAUUGGUUGGCAGCUCGGACUGCUGAAAUAAACCUCAAUGGCUUCAGGAAAGAAAAUGCUAAGUACAGACAAAAAUUAGCUGACACAGAGAGGAAAUUCAAAUUUUUACACAAAGAUCCUUCUGCAGUUGAUGUUCCAAACACAGGGUUUGGCAGAGAGCAUUACACAUAUGUUACCGACAUGAGAAGAGGAACUCCUUUUCCCCCACCUCCACCAGGAACCCUGUUUGAAGUUUCUCCACGUGAUUUUCCACCAAGCUAUUUCCCAGGUCCACCAUAUGCUCCAUUUGCAGUGAGGAAUGCCUAUCCACCCAGGGGUUUUCCUCCAAAUCUUCCACCAAGACCUGGAUUUUUUCCCCCAACCCCCAAAUAUUGAAGGUAAAAGCGAGUUCCUUGCAGGGUUGAUUCCAUCUUCUAAUGACCCUGCUACUGAACAAAAAUAAUUCUGAUUGAUCUCGAGUUCCCUUCAAGAUACUUCUGCCUUCCGAUAAGCCUGCUAUUGAACAUCCAAAACAACAGCAAGACAGCAGGCAGUCCUUGUGUUCUCCUCCAAAGUAGUUGUUACUGACCUUGAGUCUCCAUCUAGAUUGAUUCCAACUUAGAGUGAGCCUUCCACUGAACAUCUGACAUCACAACGACAAAGCUGGCAGUCUUUGUGUUCUCCUCCCAAGUAGAUGUGACUGAUCUCGAGUCCCCAUCAGGGUUGACUCUGCCUUCAAGUGAGCCUGACACUGAUCAUCCCUCAACACAGCAAGAAAGCUGGUGGUUAUGUUCUCCACCCAAAUAGUUCUAACUGAUAUCGAGUCCCUGACAGAGUUGACUCUGCCUUCAAGUAAGCCUGCCACUGAACAUCCGGCACCACAGAAAAGCUUGUGGUCUUUGUGUUCUCCUCCCAAGUAGUUGUGACUGAUCACGAGUCCCUGUCAGGGUUGAUAUCACCUUCAAGUGGGCCUGCCACUGAAUGAACAUCCAGCAGCACAACAAGAAAGCUGGCAGUCUUGUUAUUUUCCUCCCAACUGUUUGUGACUGAUCUCAAGUCCCCGUCAGGGUUGACUCUGCCUGCAAGUGAAUCUGCCACUGAACAUCCGGCACCACUGCAAGAAAGCUGGUGAUCUUUGUAUUCUCCUCUUAAGUAAUGUGAAUGAUGUCAUGUCCCCAUCAGGGUUGACUUUGCCUUCAAGUGAGCCCAUCACUGAACAUGCAGCAGCACAGCAAGAUAGCUGGUUGUUUUUGUGUUCUCCUCUUAAGUAGUGUGACUGACUUCCAGUUUCCUUAAGGGUUGACUUUGCCAUCAAGUGAGCCUGCCACUGAACAUCUGGCACCACAGCAAGAAAGUUUGCAAUCUUUCUGUUCUCCUCCCAAGUAGUUGUGACUGAUGUAGAGUCACUGUCAGGGUUUACUUUGCCUUCAAGUCAGCCUGCCACGGAAUGAACAUCUGACACCACAGCAAGAUAGCUGGCGGUUUUUAUAUUCUCCUCUCAAGGAUUUGUUACCUAUCUCAACUCCCCGUCAGAGUUGGGUCUGCCUCCACGUGAACCUGCCACUGAACAUCUGGCACCACCACAAGAUAGCGGUGGACACGACUGAUGUCAUGUCCCCGUCAGAAUUGACUUUGCCAUCAAGUGAGCCUACCACUGAACAUCCAGCACCACCGCAAGAAAGCUGGUUGUCUUUGCGUUCUCCUCUUAAGUGGUGUAACUGAGUUUGAAUCCCCUUAAGGGGACUUUGCCAUCAAGUUAGCCUGUCACUGAACAUCCAGCACCACAGCAAUAAAGUUGGCAGUCUUUCUGCUCUCCUCCCAAGUAGUUGUGACUGAUCUGGAGUCCCCAGCAGGGUUGAAUCCAACUUCAAGUGAGCCUGCCACUGAACAUCCGACACCACAGCAAUAAAGCUGGCGGUCUUUGUGUUUUCCUCUCAAGUAGUUGUGACUGAUCUUGAGUCCCAUUCAGGGUUGAUUCCACCUUCAAGUGAGCCUGCUGGUGAAUAUCCAGGACCACAGAAGGAAAGCUGGUGUUCUUUGUGUUCUCCUCCCACGUAGUUGUGACUGAUCUGGAGUCUCCAUCCAGGUUGACUCCGCCUUCAAGUGAGCCUGCCACUGAACAUCCUGCACCACAGCAAGAAAGCUGGCGGUCUUUGUGUUCUCCUCCCAAGUAGUUGUGACUGAUAUGAGUCCCCAUCGAGGUUGACUCCACCUUCAAGUGAGCCUGCCCCUGAACAUCCAGGACCACAGCAGGAAAGCAGGUGGUAUUUGUGUUCUCCUACCAAGUAGUUUUGACUGAUCUUGAAUCCAUGUCAGAGUUGAUUUCACCUUCAAGUGUGCCUGCCACUGAACAUUUGGUACCACAGGAAGAAAGCUCAUGGUCUUUGUGUUCUCCUUCCAAGUACUUUGCAUAGAUCUCGAGUCGCCGUCAUGGUUCACUUUGCCUUCAAGUGUGCAUGCCACUCAAUUAACGUCCGACACCACGACAACAAAGCUGGCGGUCUGUAUAUUCUCCUCCCAAAUAUUUGUGACUGAUCUCAAGUCCCCAUCAGGGAUGACUCCGCCUUCAAGUGAUCCUGCCACUUAACAUCUGGCAC